UAAAAGAAAGUGAGAGAAAAAAAGGGAGAUAAUUUUCUCUCGCUUUCUCCCACCAAACCCUAGAGAAAAGAAGAGAAAACAUCUUCUCGUCUCUUCCCCAAUUCCUCACGGACUCUCUCUCUUCUCUCGCGGUUAAGGAGGGUUCUAUUACUCUCAGAUUAAAGUUUUGUUCUUUUUCUUAUCGCUGCUAUUCUUCACUCAUCUUUCUUCUCUUAUGUGUUUCCUAUUUUUUUUUGUGGGAUUUUUCGUGUUCACAAAUGAAGGGUUCUAUUACUCUCAGAUCCGAGCACUGUCACUGAAAUGGCCCAAGCGAAGAAUUCUUCGUUUGAUUCAUUAGAGGUAACCCAUAUCGAUUCACAACUUGAAACCCAAUCAAGCUCAAAGAAGAACCUAUUUUGGACUAGAGAGAUGGAUAGUUGCUUAAGUGAAGCACUUGUUGAACAGAUACACAGAGGACAGAAGUGCGAUAAGAGUUUCAAAAAUGAUGCUUAUGAAGCAGUAUGUGUACAUUUAUACGCUAAAUGUGGGAUAAAGAUUAAUGAGUCACAUGUAAGAAACCGGUUGAAGACACUGAAAAAGGAUUUCAGUGUCUUUCAAGCUAUGCUGAAUUCCAACAGUGGUUUUGUAUUUAAUAGAAUUACAAAAAUGAUGGAUGCUGAGCUACAAGUUUGGGAAGAUUAUAUAAAUGCACAUCCUGGAGUUAAGCAAUAUCGGUACAAAGCUGUACCAUGCUUUGAGAAUUUACAAGUCAUAUAUGGUAAUGAUGGAAUUACUGACUUAGCUUCUAAGGUUGUCAAAGAAAGACGGGUACGGCGAGAAAAUGAGAGAGGUGAGUUGGAGGCUAUCAAAGAAAGAUGUGUUCGGCUAGAAAAUGAGAGAGGUGAGUCAGAGGCUGUCAAAGAAAGAUGCGUUCAGCUAGAAAAUGAGAGAGGUGAGUCGAGUUCUAUAAAUGUUGAUCGAGAUGGUGAUAAGGAGACUGAUAAAGAAGAGGAUGUAGAAUGUAUGAGGCUUUCAAAUAGUAAAGAACAAGAUACCAAUUUACUUUCUACAUCGAAAACAUCUCCUAAAUUGACAUAUAAAAGAAAACAUGAAACCACUACCAACAUGGAUGAGGAGUUUCAAAUACUAAAAAGUGGGAUGGAUGCAAUUACAUAUGCCAUUUGGAAAUGCGGUCAUCGUGCUCUCACAGAAGAGAAGUUAUUUGAUGAGGUUUUAAAAGUUGAAGGCCUCAAUGAGGACUCUCAACUUUUAGCUUAUGAUUUUCUUUGUGGGGAUGCGGUUCGAGGAAGGACCUUCGUUGGACUGCCAAUUCAACGAAGGAAAAGAUGGUUGGAGCUAAAGCUUGGAUGGACAUCACACAAUGGUGUUGGGAGUGCAAGAAACAAGAAAAGAGGUUAAAGCGAAAGCGCAAAAAAAUGAGGAAGAGAUGUCCUUGUGUUCUUGUGGGGUUACUGAGAUUUGCUUGUUUAGAAUCUUAGUUUAUUUAUUUUGUGCCUAGCUGGUAAACAAUUGUGUUGGCACAGAUGGUUAUGUAUGUAAUUGUGUUGACAAUUAUAUGUCAAUGUUAGAACUCAUAUAUAGAUUUCACUAUUUUGAGCUC